UCUCGACGAAGUGACGCAUCGCAUCGACUAUCAAAAAAAAAGCAAAGUGAAGUUUGAAGAAAGAAAAGUUUUUCGUCUUGCAAAUAAAUCGCAAAAUUCUGGUCCAACUUUGCGAUUUUCAGUGCGUGAAGCGCCAGUGAAGUAAGGAAGACCUUGGAUCGCGACAGUCGCAGCAACAACUAAAUCGCCACAGAAUGAGCUUCUUCGGCAAGAUUUUCUCCGGCAAAAAGGGCGAACCGGCGCCUACGCCCAGCGAGGCCAUCCAGAAGCUGCGCGACAUCGAAAAUAUGCUCACCAAAAAGCAGGAAUUUCUGGAGAAAAAGAUCGAAGUCGAGCUGGACACGGCGCGGAAGAAUGGAACCAAAAAUAAGAGAGCCGCCCUGCAGGCCCUCAAGCGGAAGAAGCGCUACGAAAAGCAGCUGACCCAGAUCGAUGGCACGCUGUCCACGAUCGAGAUGCAGCGGGAGGCGCUGGAGAACGCCAACACCAACACGGCGGUGCUGACGACGAUGAAGAACGCGGCGGACGCGCUCAAGUCGGCCCACAAGAACAUGAACGUUGACGACGUCCACGACAUGAUGGACGACAUUGCGGAGCAGAACGACAUGGCGAACGAAAUCUCCACCGCCAUCUCGUCGGCGGUCGGAUUCGGCCAGGACGUCGACGACGAAGAGCUCGAGAAGGAGCUGGAGGAGCUCGAGCAGGAAGAGCUGGACAAGGAGCUGCUCGGCGUGCAGCCGGAGACGGACCAGCUGCCGGACGUGCCAUCCACGGAUCUGCCCAGCAAGGCGAAAGAGAAGGAGAAAAAGAAGGCUGUCACCGAAGACGACGAGGAUCCGGACAUGAAGGAGCUGAUGUCGUGGGCGAACUAAGGAGAAUCCCUAACUGACCUUUACUUUGCUUUACACCCUGUCCCCCCCUUUCGCAUGCUCGCAAAUCCUCGGAGCUGUGCUGCGCCGCAUCUCUCUCACGGACAAGGCUAGCUUCAGAAACAAAUGCACUUAAAAUAACACCAUAUUGUAUGUAAAAAUGGUAUAUCAACGAUGAUGGUUAACAACAACCUAUUUCCAAAAAAACUAAAAGAAAAACCAUAAUAAACCGGUGAGAUUAGUCUGGAUCGAAAUAAGGUAGUAAUCGUGUUAUUUCUGGUAGAGAAUAUUCUGACUUGUGUGUGCAUCCUGCAGUUCGGUUUGUCUUAUAUACUUUGUUUGAAAAAAAAAACAAUGAUUUUUUCCAGCUUUUCACUAAGGAGAAACGAAACGUUCAGUAAACUAACCCUUAAAUCAAUGCAAAUACUAGUGAUGAGGGGGAAGGUGAUUGUGCAUCAAAAUUGAAGCAAGAUAAUGUAGUGAGUUCUGAAAUUUAUAUAUAUUUUUUGUUGAUAAAAUAAGUUCUAAUAAUAAAUAAUAAAAAAA